CGCUGUCGACUGCGUCGUCCAGGAGCGCUGUCGACUUCGUCGUUGCGUCGCGCUGUCGACCACGUCGUCGUCGCGUCGCGAUAUCGGUCUCGAGUCGAGUCGCGCAGUGUCAGACGAGGGAGAAGGAGAGUCGUGCGCAGUGCCAGACGGGGGAGAAGGAGAGUUCCGCUGUCGUCGUCGCGUCCAGUCCCGCUGUCGACUUUCGUCGUCGGGUCGCUAGCUGUCGACUUCGUCAUCGAUUCGCUCGAUGUCGACUUCGUCGGCCAGUCGCGCAGUGCCAGACGGGGGAGAAGGAGAGUCCCGCGCUGUCGACGUCGUCGUCCAGUGGCGUCGCGCUGUCGACUUCGUCGUCGUGUCGUACGCUGUCGACUCCGUCGUCCAGUCCAGUCACGCUGUCGACUUCGUCGUCGAGUCGGUGCCAAACGAGGGAGGAGGAGAGUCGCGCUGUCGACUUCGUCGGCGAGUCGCACACAGUGUCAGACGGGGGAGGAGGAGGGUCGCGCAGUGUAAGACGAGGAGAAGGAGAGUCCGGCUGUCGACCACGCCAUUAAGUCCCGCUGUAGACCCCGCCGUCGAGUCCCGCGCUGUCGACUUCGUCGUCCAGUCGCGUCGCGCUGUAGACCCCGCCGUCCAGUCGCGCUGUCGACGUCGUCGUCCGCGGCUCGCGCAGUGCCAGACGAGGGAGGAGGAGAGUCCCGCGCUGUCGACUUCGUCGACGGCCAGGCGCGCUGUCGACUUCGUCGGCGAGUCGCUAGCUGUCGACUUCGUCGUCGAGUCGCGCGCUGUCGAUCUCGUCGUCAAGUCGCGCGCAGUGCCAGACGAGGAGGAGGAGAGUCGCGCUGUCGACCCUCGUCGUCCAAUCGCGCUGUCGACUUCGUCGUCCAGUCCCGCGCUGUCGACUUCGUCGUCCAGGAGCGCGCUGUCGAAUUCGAGUCGAGUCGCGUCCCGCUAUCGACUUCGAGUCCAGUCCCGCUGUCGACUUCGUCGUCCAGUCGCGCUGUCGACUUCGUCGUUGAGUCGCGCUGUCGACUCCGCCGGAUCCAGCCGACUUACUUGGUUCCGCUGCGGAUCUCCAGCUACGAGAUGCGAGGCAGAGGUUUCGAAGAUCGGUCUUAUGGAGGAUGCCUGUGCCGCAGAUGGCGCCCCGGAGCUCGGGAAUAGCGAGCGCAGCAUGGGCCUUCGUAUGUGUAUGCAAGUCAACGUCCAUUCUGGUCUCUUGAGUAGGAACGCAGCUGCAGGACGAAGGGAGACGGUGACCUAA